AUGGCUUUGAAAAAGGUAAAGUUGACAUUGUUCAUAAAGAAAAUUAAGAACCAUACUCUAUUAGUUCAAGUAUAUGUUGACGAUAUCAUCUUCGGAUCAACCAACAAAGAAUUAUGUGAAGAAUUCUCAUCCAUAAUGCAAGGAGAAUUUGAAAUGUCCAUUAUGGGAAAGAUGAACUAUUUUCUUGGACUUCAAAUCAAGCAACUAAAGGAUGGCAUUUUCAUCAACCAAUCAAAGUAUUGCAAAGAGUUGUUGAAAAGAUUCGACAUGGAUAGUUGUAAAGCAAUGUCUACACCAAUGGGAUCCGGAACUUAUGUUGAUCAAGACGAAUCCGGUGUCUCUAUUGAUAUUACAAAGUAUCGAGAUAUGAUCGGUUCGUUAUUAUAUUUGACGGUAAGCCGUCCUGACAUAAUGUUUAGUGUUUGUUUAUGUGCUCGCUUUCAAGCAAACUCGAAAGAAUCUCAUCUCAUGGCGGUGAAAAGGAUUAUGAAAUAUCUGAAGGGAACAACAAACGUCGGAUUAUGGUAUCCUAAAGGUAGUGUAUGUAAUUUACUUGGUUAUUCUGACGCGGACUAUGCAGGUUGCAAAACUGACCGCAAAAGUACGAGUGGAACAUGUAACAUCUUAGGAAAUGCUUUAGUUUCAUGGUCAUGCAAGAAACAAGCCUGUGUAGCACUUAGUACGGCUGAAGCAGAAUACAUUGCGGCCGGUAGUUGUUGCGCUCAAAUCUUAUGGCUAAAACAACAACUUAGUGACUACGGAGUAAAUCUUGGUUGCAUACCUCUUCGAUGCGACAACACAAGUGCGGUAAAUAUUACAAAGAAUCCGGUCAUGCAUUCUCGUACCAAACACAUAGACAUUCAGCAUCAUUUUCUUCGCGAUCAUGUGCUUAAAGGAGAUGUUGAAGUCACUUUUGUAGAUACACAUAAUCAGUUAGCAGAUAUCUUCACAAAACCGCUUGCCAAAGAACCCUUCUUCAAGAUUCAGAGAGAACUUGGGAUUUUGGACGAACAUGACGUAUGA